UUGAAUAUCUUCCUUUUCGACCAAUAGCGUAUAAGCCUGUUUCCAUUCCGGUCAAUGGAGCUUCACUAAAUACAUUAAGUGGGCGGACUAAAUAGCACAGCAACUGAACAAAACGCAGAUUUGUAAAAAUGUAGGUGUUAACUGCCUCAUUCGCUUAAACUGUGACGUCGAUCCAUCUAUUUACGGUAUGGGGAAAAAAAGCACAAUUUAGAUGUUGCUGAACGAAUUUACAGUCACGCGCCAGUGCUUUGACAGGCAGUGUGUGAUUGUCCGUUUCAUUACUAGUUACCCGAGUAGAUAUUCACUCUUCUGAACAAUUGAUUUUGUAGCAUGUCGAUCACAAACUGAUAAGAUAGGAGGCUAAUGCCAGACGCUGGAAAGUCUGUCAUUAAUUGAAGUGUUGACCGUAUCCAGUAAACAUCUCAAGUCAACAAGUCCGCUGACGAUGGCCAGCAGGGAUGCCAGUGAGAACACCCCUCUUUUGGACAGCAACUCUGUGUGCAGGACUGUGUCAGUGUUCCAGGGCAGAAGACUGGCGUGUGCAACGAUUCUGCUUGCAGAAUCAUUGGAACGAGUCGCAUUCUAUGGCAUCACUUCCAACCUGGUUCUUUUCCUUAACAGUAGCCCAUUUUAUUGGGACGGGACUGUGGCCAGCCAGGCCCCCCUGAUGUUCAUGGGGGUUACAUACCUGAUCUCACCAUUUGGUGGCUGGCUGGCUGAUGCAUAUCUGGGAAAGUUCUGGACCAUUGCUGGCAGUUUGAUUCUAUACUUCCUUGGCAUGCUGUUUUUCCCAUUUAUCACAUAUGACUACUCCAGGAAUGCCCUAUGUGGUGAUGAAAUUGCAUUUCCAGUGCAACCUGCAGAGUGUUUGAGCUCAAACAGUACUCCUCCAAGCAAUGUGACUUGCCCCACACGGGCACCUUACUGUGGGCCAGUGAUCUACAUGGGCCUUGUUCUCAUCGCCCUAGGUGUAGGAACAGUAAAGUCCAACAUCACUCCAUUUGGGGCCGACCAGGUAAAAGAUCGUGGCCCAGAGGCCACUCGCAGGUUCUUCAACUGGUUCUACUGGUGCAUCAACCUGGGUGCCAUCUUGUCCCUGGGUGGUGUGGCCUACAUCCAGCAGAACAUCAACUUCCAAUUGGGGUACAUAAUUCCAGCUGUGUGCCUGGGUGUCUCUUUCCUGGUGUUCCUGCUGGGGCGCACAGUCUUCAUCAACAAGCCUGCUGACGGUAGUGCCUUCACUGACCUGUUCAAGAUCCUGGUUUAUGCCUUCUGUAACACACAGCCCAAAGAGCCCAACCUGCUACGGGCUAAGCCAACCAUGCUUGAUGGAGCUAAGGUGACUUAUGGAGGGAGAUUCCCUGAGGAGAAAGUGGAGGAGGUGAAAGCACUGCUGAAAAUUCUUCCAGUGUUCUUUGCUCUUAUCCCAUACUGGACUGUGUACUUUCAGAUGCAGACAACAUAUUUCCUUCAGAGCCUACAUUUAAGGAUUCCUGACACCAGCAAAGGCACCAACAGCAGCACCGGCACCGACCAGAUCACGUUCCGCUUCCCUGCCGCCUGGCUGACAAUGUUCGACGCAGUGCUUAUUCUCAUGCUGAUCCCUCUUAAGGACAAAGUGGUGGACCCCAUCCUCAAACGCAGAGGCCUGCUGCCCUCCUCCCUCAAGAGGAUCGCAGUGGGGAUGUUCUUCGUUAUGUGUUCAGCUGUGGCGGCUGGUAUACUGGAGACAAAACGACUUGAGAUCAUCAAGUCUAAUGGCACAUUCGACCAGGUCUUUGGCGACGUCAUCUACUACGCAGCAGAUCUGCCCAUAUGGUGGCAGGUACCUCAGUAUGUGCUCAUUGGAAUCAGCGAAAUCUUUGCCAGCAUCGCAGGUCUGGAGUUUGCCUACUUAGCUGCCCCCAGGUCCAUGCAGAGUGCCAUCAUGGGGCUGUUCUUCUUCUUCUCUGGGAUUGGCUCCUUUGUGGGUUCCGGCCUACUGUCCAUCGUCUCCCUCAAGGGGAUUGGCUGGAUGUCCUCCCACAAGGAUUUUGGUAACAUCAAUGACUCCCAGCUCAACUACUACUUCUUCCUGCUAGCGGGGAUCCAGGGCCUCACCCUGCUGGUGUUCCUCAUCGUGUCGGUCAAGUACGACAAACAGAAGAGUAGUAGAGCAGGAGGUCAGAGGCAGGGUAUCACUUCGUCUUGGUCCCAUGACUGACCCCUGUCCAUCUGACCUCACCCUACCUGCCUUAGUAGUUAGUGCCAGAACACCUGCCUGAUAUGGUACUGGACUCUCUAAAAACAUGACACUUCAAUACAGCUAUGACCGGAAGUUACUUUUCGAAGCAGGUUAAGAGAGCAUUUUAUCCAACUCUAACCCUUUUCCUAACCUUAACCUAAUUCUCCUAACCUGCUAUGUUAAUAUUCCUAACCCGUUGUUUUUAGGGAAUCUUGAUUUGGUACCGGAUAGAGUUUGUUCUUUUUACUUAAUGGGUUUGUAAGACUAUUACAUUUUCAAAGCAAAAAAAUAUUUUUACCGUACACUCGCACACCCCUCACAUGAGAUCAAGUUCAUCUUAAUGUAUAUUUCUUGUACAGUACCUUAUUUAAAACAUCAUUACUGUGUUUGAUCAGAGUUCUCUUGAAUAUGAAUGGUGUAAUGUUCAAUAAUUUAAACCAAUUAUUUAAUGUAAACUGAUCAAAUGAAUUCCAAAUAGCUCACUCCUAUUGUCAGAUAAGUAAGCAUUACACGACUGUGGCCUUUUCACUGGUGCCAUAGAUCAAUGAACAAUUUAAAACAAGGCACACCAUUUUGAGAAACUUUGGGGCUUCAUCAACUGACUGAUCAGGUUUGUACUCUUGUUUGUUUUCUUUGAUCAUUUGCACUAGAGGAAUUGUGCCAUAUUCACACUGUAUUGGACAUUAUUCAAUUGUGAUUAGGGGCUUGGUGUUUGCUAUAUUACUUGUAUAAACUUGUUUCUGAUUGGCAUGUAUAGAUUAAAUAGAACAUUUUUGCUAACCAUUAUUUUCACUUACUGUAUGUGUUUUCAAUAUGGAGCUAUGUUUUCAGUCUUUAAUUUUGAUGUCAUACUGUUGCUUAUACACUGAGUGUACAAAACAUUAGGAACACCUUCCAAAUAUUGAGUUGCACCCCCUUUUGCCCUCAGAACAGCCUCAAUUCUGGACUCUACAAGGUGUCAAAAGUGUGCCACAUGUUGACUCCAAUACUUCCCACAGUUGUCAAGUUGGCUGGAUGUCCUUUGGGAGAUGGACCAUUCUUGACACACAGGGGACUGUAUCAAACACAAACCAGUGCAAAUGACAACUACUAUCAUACCCGUUCAAAGGCAAUUGUGUCUUGCCCAUUCACCCUCUGUAUGGCUCACAUACACAUUCCAUGUUUCAAUUGUUUCUAGGCUUAAAAAAUAUUCUUCAAAGUGCCUCCUCCCCUUCAUCUACACCUGAUUUUGAAGUGGAUAUAACAAGUGACAUCAAUAAGGGAUCCUGGUCAGUCUGUCAUGGAAAAGCGGGCGUUCCACAUUUUUUGUACACUGUGUACACAUACACUGUCUUUUAGCCGUUGAUCUAGAGUUACUUAAAUAUCAAAUGUAUUUCUUUAAUUAAACGUGCCUGCUAAAUCCAUGAAUAACGUUUAGACUUCGACAAUGCAAUGAUUUAAUCAAACUUUAAUAUGAUUACAAACAAAAUCAUGACAAUAAAUGUAUAUAUUGCCAGUUGGUUCAACUUGAAAACCAUUUUGGUAUAUUUACCAUCAUCAUUUACUCAGAAUAAUCAUCCCUAGCACAAUGUCGUGUUAUUCUGUGAUUGCUGCAGCAGAAAACAACGUGAAUUGUAUCGUGAAAGUAAAUGUUUUCAUUAAGUUGACAUUAGUUCAGACUGAACCACAAUUUUAGAGUUACCGGUUUCUGUAUGCACUUGGGGUGACGGUUAAGAUGAAAAUGUUAAUUUGUAGUAUUAGUCUGACUGUUGACAAUGUCUAGCCUCUAGGAUGUGUUAAUGGAUGUCUGUAGUCACCACAUGGUGUCCUUAUGGACUUUUACAUACUGUAGCUUUUGGGGGUUGUGACUAAUGUAUACUUAUCAUACGGUAGACAAUGUUCAGAGCGCAUGUAGUUGGUAUAUUUCACCCCAGUCAAAGCUCUUUAAUCGUUGACUCUGGCACUACAAAACUACGUAUUUUCUGUUAAAUGGCAAGAUCCACAAUGUGUUUUUUUUCCUUUACCCGACAAGUGAUUGUUAAGGAGCGAUCUGCAGGUUUGUUUUACCUACAGUAGACCUAAGUGCAAAACGUUCAAACUGAAAGUAAGGUAUUUUACAAACCAAAAUCUACUCGGGGUUCAAGGGAGGCAGAAUAAUUGAAUUAUUAAAGAAUAUAAGAGUUAGUAAACUGUCUUUGAGAUAUCAUGAAGUACGGUUGUUUACAGAUUCUCAGGUUGGUGGCUUGAAAUGACCUUUUUAGCUAACACAUUGAAACCAUUUACUAACUCAUUGACAAUGGCUGAAAACAUUUUGGCUGUUUUAUUAUAGUGUUUGUUGGAUGAAUGGUGGUUCUUUUUUGUGUAACCUUAACAGCUUUUGAAGAAACAUUUUCUGAAAAUGUAUUCUGUUUUAAUUAUGCUGGAACAUUGGUAUUUAGAAUGUUUUGUGGGGUUAUUUUUGCUAAUAAAAUACUAAAAUCGG